AUGGUUAUCAACCGCCCUGGCAUCGCGUCCAUGUCUCUGGGCCGGCCAUGGAUUCACGACCUGCCUGGCAAACUGAUGCAGGCCGCAGCCCAUGGGUUCGAGGGCAUCGAGCUCUUCUACGAUGACCUAGACUGUUAUGCUCAGCGCACAUUUAACGGCGACCACUUGGAAGCCGCCAGACAAGUGCGACGGCUGUGCGAGCGGCUCGGAAUGACCAUUAUCUGCCUGCAGCCAUUCUCCAUGUACGAGGGGCUGCUCGACCGGGCCGAAUCUGACCGUCUCUUGAAUGAGAAACUUCCGGAAUGGUUCAAGCUGGCGCGGGCGCUAGCCACAGAUCUCAUCCAGGUACCAUCGAAUUUCCUGGGCGCAGACCCCAAGACCGGGGCUCCUUGCACGACGGGCGAUCGUACCGUCAUCGUGCAGGACCUCCAGCGCCUUGCUGAUCUCGGCGCUGGUGCUGGUUUCCGUUUCGUGUAUGAGGCUCUCUGCUGGGGUAACCACAUUGACACUUGGGAGGCGUCGUGGGAAAUUGUCCGGCACGUCGACCGCCCCAACUUUGGUCUCUGCUUGGACUCAUUUAACAUCGCUGGUCGUGUGUAUGCCGACCCCGCCUCGCCUUCUGGUUGUACCCCGAAUGCUGCUGCAGACCUCGCGGCCUCGCUGGAGCGCCUGCGGACUGCCAAAAUCGAUCCCGCCAAGAUUUUCUACGUCCAGCUCGUUGACGGCGAGCGUCUUUCUGCCCCCCUUGACGAGAAGCACCCCUUCCACGUCGAGGGCCAGCCUGUCCGUAUGAACUGGUCGCGUAAUGCCCGUCUCUUCCCUUUCGAGGAGAACCGUGGCGGCUACCUGCCUAUUCUGGACAUCGCUCGUGUCUUCUUUGAUGACCUCGGCUUCCGCGGUUGGGUCUCACUUGAGCUCUUCAGCCGUACCCUGGCGAACCCCGAUCCUUUUACUCCCGCCAACCAUGCCCGCAGAGGUAUUGCGUCCUAUCAUAAGAUGGCCCGUGUAUUGCAAUGGGAUAGCCAAGUCCCGAAGAGCACUGUCUCAAUUGCAGAGCCCUCCUCUCCUGUACAGCACCGUCUCUAA